AGCAACUCGAGCUACUAACACGAUCUUUGGUCAAAGCAUAGAUGAUGGCACCAAGCAGAGGUUCUUCUGUAUCUAUUGUUUUGGUCUUCCAAUAUGGAUGCCUUCGUCUCUCGCAAACGACGACGCGUCUCGUCGCCGACACAGGAUGAGACUCAGACCGCGCCCUCUAAACUUCCAGCACCUUGUUUACACGAAGAUGAAGAGGAGGAUUCAACAGAUGUCAAACUAGCUAUUCUAUCCUCUCUUCACCCAGACAGGACGCAUGAUGAUCUUCUCGAAAUCCUCCUCUGUCAUGACGGCUCAGUCGAACUCGCUCUAGAUUCCCUGUCCACAACCAAGUCGCCAGCAAAGCGCAGACAUACGACACCAGGCCUGCAGAGCGCCCUUCCGUUCCCGUCUACGGGCAAUAAAUCUCCUUCGAAGCAGCAGUUGACGAAAAAGGGCAAGACGUUACAUCUUUACACUCCCGAAGACAUUGCCAACCACACACCUUGCUCCGUCGUCCAUAACUUCCUCCCGCCUGAUCUAGCCAAUGCCCUGCUCGAAGAACUUCUUGCCGAAGUCCCAAGCUACGAAUCGAUCUCGUUCAAAAUCUUCGAUAACGUCGUCAAAUCGCCCCAUACAGCCUGUUUUUAUGUCGACUCCCUCGCCGACCUCCAGCGUCAACGAUCCGAAUAUUACUACAAUGGCAAUGAUCUGGGCGAUAUUCGCCAGAUUCUCCCCGUUAUGCAGCAGGUGAAGGUCCUCGUCCGGGACGCAGUCAAUGAACAAAUAGCCAUACGGAUUCGUGAUUUCUAUGUCGACGGCAAGAAACUCAAAUAUCAAUCUCCACAAACCUGGCAGCCCAACGCGGCAUUCGUCAAUUGUUACGACGGAGGCGCUCAGCAUGUAGGUUACCACUCUGAUCAGCUCUCCUACCUCGGCCCCAGGGCUGUGAUAGGGAGUCUAUCCCUUGGUGUGGCGCGAGAAUUUCGCGUGCGCAAGAUCGUACCCAAAGACGAGGAAAAUCCGGAUUUGGCAGCGGAUGUCUCUGGUCAGAUUGCGAUUCACCUGCCUCACAAUUCGCUACUGGUCAUGCACGCCGAGAUGCAAGAGGAAUGGAAGCAUAGUAUUGCACCAGCAGCGGUUGUCACGCCACAUCCUGUUGCGGCCAACAAAAGAAUCAACAUAACCUAUCGCUGGUACAGGGAGGAGUUUCGGCCAAAGUACAUCCCCAAAUGUCGGUGCAAGGUCCCGUGCGUACUGAAGGUGGUGCAAAAGCAGAAGGCCAAUAGAGGACGGUAUAUGUGGAUGUGCCAGGUUGGUAAUAAGCCUGGAGGGGGCGAAGGGUGUGGUUAUUUUGAGUGGGCGAAGUUCACGGAUGAUGGGGUUCCUUUGGGUUGGAAGGCUCCGGAUCAAGUCGAAGGUGACAUUGCGGACGUCUCCUCGGACCUGACUAGAAAUCGAGGAGAGGAUGCAGACAGCAGUAUCGAUGAGAGCAGAUGA